UUUUCGUUGCACACGUGUAGUUGACCUAGAUAAUGUCAAUCCUGUUGGUAAAGGAAGAAUGAGACUAAAAGGCAUUUUAGAGUUGUAAAAGUGAUUCACCUGUGUCGAUCGCAGAGUGGUAUGUCUUGGUUCCCGGAGAAGAAGUCAGGACAGAGCUGGGUACACAGGGUGUGUCAGAGGAUCCUCAGGACCGGCCCCAUACCCAGACAUGUGGCCUUCAUCAUGGACGGCAAUAGGAGGUUCGCUGUCAAGAACCACAUAGAGAGGGCCGAAGGUCACUUCAAGGGAUUCGAUAAACUGUCAGAGACCUUAGAGUGGUGUCUUGACAUAGGAAUAACAGAAGUAACUGUGUAUGCCUUCAGUAUAGAAAACUUCAAGCGGUCAAAAGAUGAGGUGGACUGUUUGAUGGAACUUGCCAGGCAAAAAUUUACCCGCUUGAUGCAGGAAAAGGAGCUGAUCCAGAAACAUCAGGUGUGUGUCCGUGUCCUUGGUAACCUGACUCUGUUGCCUUUGGAUAUCCAGCAGCAGAUCGCAGAAUGUGUUCACUUCUCCAAGGACAAUAAAAGGGCUGUGCUGAAUGUGUGUUUUGCCUACACUUCUCGUGAUGAAAUAUGUGCAGCCAUGCGUGAAAUGGCAGAAGGUGUUCAGCUCGGCCUCAUCAAAGAGAGUGAUAUUUCAGAAGACCUGAUGGAGAAGUGUUUGUUUACGUCUCAGUCCCCUAACCCUGAUCUCCUCAUUAGAACCUCAGGAGAAGUCAGACUGAGUGAUUUCCUUCUCUGGCAGACCAGUUAUAGUUGUCUUUCCUUUGUUGAUGUUUUAUGGCCAGAAUUCAGUAUAUGGCAUUUAUAUGGUGCUAUUCUUCAUUAUCAAAGAAACUAUCCAGUAAUUAAGCGUGCUAUAGAGUCAGAUCUGUGUGACAGAGAAAGAAAACAGAGGGAAUCGGACUAUAACUGUGUGUUAUCCGAGUGUGAAUCCACAGACCAAUCCAAAAACUCUGUGUCAGACCUUGUCUUACAAUACGCCAAACAUAGGGAAGCACGGAUAGAACAGUUUGUGCAUCAUGUGAAUUCCAAGAGACUUCGUUACUUUGAGGAGUUAGCCAGUAGACAUAAAACAGUUCAUGUUUGACAGGAAAAAAUAUGUAGAGAGACAAAAUUAUUUACUGUAGAUUACAAUGAUUAUUUAUAAAAGAGCAAAGUAUAUGAAUACUUAUGAAAUUUAACACAAGUUUGUUCAUUACAAUCGCAAUAAUAUAAUUGAAAGGGCAUUUGAAAUAUUUACAUGUUACUGGUAUUCUUUAUUAAACAUGAAGGUAUAAUUUUAGUUUGUCUGAAGUUGGCAAGGUUAUUCAGUUGUGCAGUAGUUGCAGACCUUGACAAUUAAAUAGAUUCAACCGUAUGAAAAAUAGUUAUGAAUAUUCAUAAAUUUAAUGAUUUUUGACAGCUUGUAAAGAUGCAAAGGAAUAUCAGUACGUUAUAGCUGUCUAUGACGAUUUUGUAUGAUCAGUUAAUGAGAGAAAGAAAUGAAUGUUUAAAUCAU